AUGGCGCCGUCCGGCGUGGUCGUCCUGAGCGCAGCUCAGACGCUGUCGACGGAGUUCCUCGUCAAGGCUGCGCGCGGGGCGCCCGUGCAGGUUGACGCUGCGACGCUGGACCGCGUGGCCCAGAGCGCCCCCAAGCGCUUCGAGCCCGCGGACCCGACGGAAGACGCGGCCGCGAACACGCACUACGACGUCAAUGCGCCGCUGCGGAAGGACUGCGUCGACCCCGUCGGGGCCAGGGCCGCGGUGGUCGCGGCUCUGGCUGCCCUCCUGCCCGCGGCGGCCGGUGCCGCCCGCCCGGAACUGCUCACCUUCCUCGCAGACCUCAUCAACGCCGAUAUCUACCCGGCGAUCCCCACCACCGUCGCCGACGGCGCCGCGGCCGGCGCCAUCGUCGCUGUGUGCCGCGGCGCCGGGACCACGCUGGUGUGCGACGCGCCCACGCCCGCCGCGGACGCCCUCGCCGCCAAGGGCCUCACCGCCCCGGACAUCUCCGCCGCGGAGCGCGCCCUCCUCGGCGCAGGCAACCCCACCGCGGCCGCGCUGUGCGUCCGCCAAAUCGAGGACAUCCGGGACACGGCGGCGCUCUCCGAGGCCGUCGCCGCGCUCGCGUUCGAGGCCCUCGGCGCGCCGCUGUCGCCGCUGUCGCGCGAGGUCCUCGAGGCGUCGCAGAGCACCAACGCCGCGGCCGCCGCGGACGCUGUGCGUGAGAUGCUGGAUGGUUCCAAGCUGGUCGACGUGCGCAAGGGGGGGUGUGGGCCGAUCCGUGCGGUGACGUCGGCGCCGAACGUGUUCGGGAGCCUGCGCGAGGCGAUCGCGUCCGCGCACCUGCAGGCGAGGUCUGGGUUCCAGGCGUCGGCGGUGCUGACGAGCAAGGGCGUCGUCGCAGCCGACCCCUCGCCGGCGCUGGCUCAGGCCGUGCUCGGGCUCGCGCAGAACGCCAUCGCCGCGGCGUCGCUCAGCGCUGCGCGCGUCGAGGCCAUCCUCGCCGCCACCGGGUCGGCGCCGCCGUCGUCGUCUGAGGGCGGGGAGGACUCUGCCAACAACACACCCCCUCCCUUGGAGCCCGCGAUCGCGUCUCUGGCGGGCCACGCGCGCUCGGGGCUCGACCUCGCGCGCGCCCUGCACGCAACGGCCACCAUGGGGCUCUCCGCGCACCUCUGCUGCGACCCCUCCGGCCCGCAGCGCCCGCCCACGCUCGCCGCCGCGCACGCGCUCGGGGCCGCCCGCGUCGCUCUCGAGGCCGCCGUGGCGGCCGAGGCCAUGGCGAGCGUGCUCGCGCUCCGGCAGACCGCGGGCGAGGCCACGCCGGAGGAGCUCGAGGCGGCGGUCGCGGCCGAGGCAUCCACGGGCGACGACGCCGCGGCAAACACCGGCGGAGGUUCGAAAAAGGACAAGAAAGACAAGAAGAAGAAGGUCAAGGGGCUGCUCGCGCUGGGCAAGGGCACGGCGUUCCUGCGCAGGGUCGUCGAGGCCGAGAUCGCGGCGGCGUCGGGCGGCCAGGACGACCUGACGCGGCGAUUUGUCAGACUGACGCUGGCCGCGGACGCAGCGGCGGGCCCGUGCGUGGCCGCGGUCGCCGCGGCGCUGAGCCCCGGCAGCCGCACGCUCGCGGCGAUCCUCGACACGCUGCGCGGGAUGAUCGAGGCCAACCAGGCGCGCCGGAAGCCCAAGAUCGCCAAGGGCGCGCGCGACUUCCUGCCCGACCAGAUGACCAUCCGCGGCAAGGCGUUCGACCUGAUCACGCGCGUCUUCAAGCGGCACGGCGCGGUCUCGAUCGACACGCCCGUCUUCGAGCUCCGCGAGACGCUGACGGGCAAGUACGGGGAGGACUCGAAGCUCAUUUACGACCUGGCUGACCAGGGGGGGGAGUUGCUCUCCCUGCGGUACGACCUGACGGUGCCGUUCGCGCGGUACGUCGCGCUGCACAGCGUCGGCAACAUCAAGCGCUACCAGAUCGCGCGCGUGUACCGCCGCGACCAGCCGCAAAUGAACCGCGGGCGCUUCCGGGAGUUCUUCCAGUGCGACCUGGACAUCGCGGGGGCGUACCCGUCGAUGGUCCCGGACGCCGAGGUCCUCAAGGUGCUCGUCGAGAUCCUCGCGGACCUCCGCAUCGGGGAGUUCGAGGUCAAGCUCAGCCACAGGCGCCUGCUGAACGCCAUGCUGGACAUCGCCGGCGUGCCCGCGCAGAAGUUCAAACCCAUCUGCUCCGCCAUCGACAAGCUCGACAAGGAGCCGUGGGAGGCGGUGCGGUCGGAGAUGGUGGGAGAGAAGGGCCUGACCCCUGAGUCAGCGGACCGUAUUGGCGAGAUGGUGGUUCUGCGCGGGGCGCCGCUCGACAUGAUCGCGCAGCUGUCCGCGCAUCCGGACAUCUCGAAGCACCCCGAGGGCGCCGCGGCGAUCGAGGAGCUGCGGACGAUGUUUGGGUACAUGCAGGCAAUGGACUGCCUUGGGCCGGUGUGUCUCGACCUGUCGCUGGCGCGCGGGCUGGACUACUACACGGGCGUGAUCUACGAGGCGGUGCUCAAGGGCGCGCACGUCGGGUCGAUCGCGGCAGGAGGGAGGUACGACAAGCUGGUGGGCAUGUUCAGCGGCAAGGACGUCCCCGCGGUGGGCGUCUCCAUUGGCAUUGAGCGCGUGUUUGCCAUUAUGGAGGCACAGAUGCGCGAGCGGGCGGAGAAGGAGGGCGUCCCCAUCAGGGAGACGGAGACGGACGUGCUGGUGUGUUCGAUCGGCAGCGGGCACCAGCCGCGGCGGAUGGAGCUGUGCAGCCGGCUGUGGGCCGCGGGCAUCCGCGCGGAGUUCGGGUACAAGGCGAACCCGAAGAUGGGCGACCAGCUGCCGUACGCGCUCGCGCAGGGGAUCCCGCUGCUGGUGAUUUUCGGCGGCGACGAGAUCGAGCGCGGCGUGGUCAAGGUCAAGGACCUGGCCGCGAAACAAGAGGAGGAGGUGCCGGCCGGGGAGGAGCUCGUCCAAUACCUCAAGGGCAAGAUCGCGGCGCUGGAAGCCGCGGCCGGCGACGGCAUGCCGUGA